UCUCAGCAUUUGCUAUAAGCUGAAGAGGUGGCCAGGGCUGGAAUCUUAGCAGCACCUACAAAGAGCUAUUCAAGAUGCCAGACUAUAAUUGGUUUGAAGGAAUAGCUUUUCCUGCCAUAGGGUUUCAAAAAGAAGUUGUGGAAGAUGUUCGUAAUAAGUUUGUGUUGAAAGAAGAAGACUUGAUCAUAUUGACUUACCCAAAGUCAGGAACGAACUGGCUGAUUGAGAUUGUCUGCUUGAUUCAGACCAAGGGAGAUCCCACGUGGAUCCAAUCUGUGCCCAUCUGGGAGCGUGCCCCCUGGAUAGAGACUGAUAUAGGAUAUCCUGUAUUAAAACAUAAAGAAGGACCACGACUCAUGAGCUCCCAUCUUCCUAUCCAUCUAUUCCCCAAGUCUCUCUUCAGUUCCAAGGCCAAGGCUAUCUAUCUCAUCAGAAAUCCCAGAGAUGUUCUUGUUUCUGGUUAUUUUUUCUGGGGUAAGACAAGCCUUGUGAAGAAUCCAGAGUCAAUGGGGACUUAUUUUGAAUGGUUCCUGAAAGGCAAUGUGUUAUAUGGAUCAUGGUUUGAACACAUCCGUGGCUGGCUGUCCAUGAGAGAAGGGGACAACUUCCUGGUACUGUACUAUGAAGAGAUGCAAAAGGAUACAAAGGGAACCAUAAAGAAGAUCUGUGACUUUCUAGGGAAAAAAUUAGACCCUGAUGAGCUGGAUCUAGUCCUCAAGUACAGCUCCUUCAAAGUCAUGAAAGAAAACAACAUGUCCAAUUUUAGUACCAUCGACCAAGAUUUGUUUCCUAAUGGCUUGAACCUCCUGAGAAAAGACUCAAGAAAAAUAUCUUUUAUUGUCUCUGGAGACCUGCCUUGUCAGCAUUACCUGGAAGACUCAAUCAUUCAAGUAGGCACAACUGGGGACUGGAGGAAUCACUUCACAGUAGCCCAAGCUGAAGCCUUUGAUAAAAUAUUCCAGGAGAAAAUGGCUGGAUUCCCUCCAGGGAUGUUCCCAUGGAACUAAGUUUUCAAAAAUUUAAAUAUUAUAUGAACACUAAUGUGUAUGUUCCUGUUGUUCUAUAUGUGAAUAACUGAAUGUGGUCAUAAAAUAAAUCCUAUUGUGGAAUUGUGAAUGUAAUUUUUUAAAACAUAGAGUUACUAAUACUACUAUAUGAACACUGAUGUUUACAUUUCUGUUGCUAUGUAUGUGAAUAACUGAAUGUGGUCAUAGAAUAAAUCCUGUUGUUUAAUUGUGAA